GCGUUGGUGGCGUCCGUCGGCUUGGUCUGGCUGUCAACUGCCGAGCACAAGCGUUCCAUCCGUCCCUCGAGUCUCAUCGUGCUCUAUCUCUUGCUCACCAUUGUCUUUGACACGUUUGCACUGACGUACCCCGGCUUCUCCAGGGUUCGCAGCGGCGGCAGAAGCCAUGCGUUUCUGGUGGCCGAGGCUGCGUCUCGGGUUGCGAUAUUGGUCCUCGAAUCCCAUGAGAAGACGCGCAUCCUGAGAUCGGAAUACAGCAAUAUGUCUCCCGAGGAAACGGCUGGCUUGAUUGGCUCAGUGCUGUUCUGGUGGCUCAAUGGGCUGCUGAGUCGAGGCAACCGGAGUAUUCUUCGAGGGAGCCAUCUGCCGCCUCUCGACAGUGAGCUGGAGGCGGAGGAUCUGCGACGGAAGAUUCUGAGGACUUGGGAGAAUAGAUGUAACGUCUUGCUACGGUGCCUUGCAAGGCCCUUCUUCGCUGCCACCUUGCCACGGCUGGGCCUGGUCAUAUUCAGAUGCAGCCAGCCGAUCCUCAUUGAACAGGCUGUUCGCUUCGUCCAAGGAUACACCAAGGGAGACGAUGCCAGCGCGGGAUAUUGGCUGGUCGUGGCGGCGGCCUUUGUCUACCUGGGCCAGACUUUCUCGCACGCCAGAUAUUUCCACCUCACCAAUAGGCUUGAACUGAUGACGCGUGCGUCUCUCACGACGUUGAUCUACAACAAGGCGCUGAACAUUGGCUCGCAUGCCGCCGAGACGGGCAAAGUAAUCACCAUCAUCAGCACAGACGUGGACGGCGCGGUCGAAGCGGGAAGAAUGGUUCACGAAGCCUGGGCCAAGCUGUUUGAGCUCGUCCUUGGCGUAGUUCUUUUGGUUCGACAGGUGAAGUGGCUUGCUCCGCUACCUUUCAUCAUCAUCGUCUUUUGCUCGCAGGUGAGCCGUUACGUGGCGCAAAACAUCCGUGUGCGACAAAAGGGCUGGAACAUGGCCACUCAGCGGCGGAUUUCCGUUCUGAGCUCGAUCCUCGGAUCGAUGAAGAGCGUCAAGGCUCUGGGAGUAUCGGGAGCAAUCAUGAGCUAUAUCGAUCAGCUUCGGGAAGAUGAGAUCAAGGCUUCAAAGAAUGUCCGCUUCAUGAAUGCGGUGUACAACGCAAGCGCGAACGCACUUGGAAUCUUUGCGCCUGUGGCCACCAUUGUGGUCUAUGCUGCUGUUGCUCGCCUUCAAGGCUCCCAGCUGAAUGUCAGCACUGCGUUUACGACUGUUGCCAUCCUGGCGCUGGUGACGGAGCCCGCAAACAUGAUCAUGACGAUUGUGCCCAAUGCCGUGGCAACUUCGGCCAACUUUGAGAGGAUCCAAGCGUAUCUGCUUGAGCCGCCACGUACAGACGAGCGCCGUGUUACAGGCCCGUCCUCAGACGCACCCAGAGCCCAUUCGGCAGAGGCUGCUGUGCGCCUUGACGGCGUGACUGUCGUCUCCCCAACAACAAAGGAUCCUCUUUUGCACAAUGUCAACUUGGUGCUGCUUCGGGGAUCUGUAACCACCUGCUCCGGUCCCGUGGGAAGCGGCAAAUCGACACUUGCCAAGGUGAUACUGGGCGAGAUCUCGCCGUCUGAGGGCGCCGUUACGGUUUCUUCUGCGUCAAUUGGGUAUUGCGAUCAGCAGGCCUGGCUGCCGACGGGCAAAGUCAAGCAGAUUGUGGGUGGAUUUUCGACGGCCAUUGAUGAGGAGAGAUAUAAUGCUGCUAUCCACGCCUGUUGUCUUGAGCAUGAUUUGGCGGGGUUUCCUGAGGGCGAUGAGACUGUUGUUGGCAGUCGGGGGAUUAAUCUUUCAGGAGGCCAAAGGCAGCGACUGGCCCUCGCGCGCUUGGUGUACUCCCUCCACGACAUUGUGGUGUUGGAUGAUCCGUUCAGUGCUCUGGACGGCAACACCGAGAAUACUGUGGUGGAUAAUCUACUUGGGCCAAAUGGCUGGUUCAAAAAGAACAACACUGCCGUCUUUCUAGUCACGAAUUCUGCCCAGCACUUCCACGUCGCCGACGAGAUCUUGGUCCUCGACAAGGGUCGUAUUGCCACUCGAGGGUCAUGGGACGAGCUCAAAUCUUCCGUAUCCGAACUCACGAAAUUCACCUUUGCACAAGCGGAAAAGCGGCCAGAGCCUGCCACAAAGAUUGCGAAGGGAAAGUCGCAGUCGACCGCGGACGCUGAGGAGGACCUGUAUCGAAAGACGGGGGACUUUUCUCUGUAUUCGUAUUACCUCAAGUCUGCUGGUGCCAGCAACGUGAUUUUGCUAAACAUAUGCUCGGCAUCGUACUCCUUCGGCAUGUUCUUCCCGCAGUACCUGUUAAAGUGGUGGACGGAAGGGCCUCCAGACAAGUCGUCUUAUUACAUGGCUGGUUACAUCGCGCUGGCUGUUCUAGCUUGGGUGGCAACGAAUGGUAGCACGUGGAGUACAAGCAUAAGGAUAGCCCCGAGAUCUGGCGCUUUGCUGCACAAGUCUCUGCUUCGAACAAUCUUCGGUGCACCCCUUUUGUUCUUCACUUCUACAGAUAUUGGCGUCAUCUUGAACAGAUUUAGUCAAGAUAUAUCCUAUGUGGACAGGCAGCUCCCCUUUGCCCUUAUAACGGUUUCUACUCAAAUCUUCAAAAUGCUGUUCCAGCUUGUGCUCAUCCUAAAUAUCCAGAGAUGGCUCACCGUCUGCUUGCCCAUCUGCGCCGUUGCCGUCUAUCUUGUCCAGAGAAUCUACCUUCGAACUUCCCGCCAGCUGCGAGUCCUCGAACUAGAGUACCAGUCCUCACUCUACCAGUGGUUCUUGGAAACGGCUGAAGGCGUCGUCACGAUACGGUCCUUUGGCUGGUCUCCUGCGGCCGAAGAGAAGAACAUUGAGGCGCUCAACUGGGCCCUCCGUCCGAGGUACACGCUCAUGUGCGUCCAGCGGUGGCUCAGUCUGGUGCUCAACUUGAUCGUCAAUGGCAUUGCAAUCGGGCUCAUUGUUCUGGCUGUGAGAUGGAGAGGAACGACGACGGGAGGCGACAUUGGCGCUGCACUCAACCUCAUUUUGGCUGCGAACGCGACGCUGGUGAGGUUGGUAGAGUCAUGGGCGUCUCUGGAGGUGUCGCUUGGUGCGAUUGCGCGACUUCGGAACGUGGAGAGGUUCACACCCAAGGAGGAUCGACCUGAGGAGGACCUCGUGACGUAUGCUGGGUGGCCUACCAAGGGAGAAGCACAAAUAGCCCAUCUCGAUGCGGGAUAUAGUCCUGAGCAUCAAAUUUUGCACGAUGUCAACAUCGACAUCAAGGCUGGCCAGAGGCUCGUCAUUUGCGGCCGAACUGGCAGCGGGAAAAGCACAAUCGUUGCUGCUUUGUUGCGCUUGAUCGAUAGCACCGGCGUGCUCAAGGUGGACGGACAAGACCUGCUUCGUACUCCCCGGUCCGUCGUGCGGCAGAAAUGCUUCAUCACCAUUACCCAGGAACCGUUCUUGAUACCGCAGGCCACGCUGCGAUUCAACCUGGAUCCUCAUUCCGUUGUGUCGGAUCAAGUCCUCGAAGAGGCCCUGCAAAAGGUCGCCAUCUGGCCCUUGCUCUCGAGCAAAAGCAACCACACGGCAGCAGCAGACGUCUUGAACAGCGAACUCUCCGCGUUGCCCGCCCUGUCAGCGGGACAGAGCCAGCUGCUCGCCGUGGCUCGUGCCAUUGUUCGCAAGCAUGCUCUGGCUGCGGAGUCGGACCAUCCCGGGGCUGAUGUGCCGAGGCCGAUUCUCCUGCUGGAUGAGGCUACGUCGUCGCUGGAUUCGGAGACGGAGGACUUUAUCUAUGGUGUUUUGGACCGCGAGUUUGUAAGGGAGGGAUAUACGGCUGUGAUUGUGGCGCAUAGACUGGCUGUUGUGUUGGGGAGGUGGAGGCCGGAGCAGGAUAGGGUUGCUUGGGUGGAGGAUGGGAGGGUUCCCAAGGUGGGGAGCUAUGAGGAGGUUAUUGAAUUGGUGAGCAGGAAGUGA